AUGUCGGACGAAGAAUUCAUCAUGGAUGAUGCGGCGGAUGAGGACUACGACUUUGAGUACGAGGAGGACGAUGAUCUCGAAGAUGCCGAUGCCGACAUCGAAAACAUGUACUACAAUGCCAAGAGCAUCAAGGACCACGACCCCGAUGGCGCCAUCCGCGAGCUCAAGGCGGUCGUCGAUGGCGAAAAGGAAAAGGGCGACUGGGGCUUCAAGGCCCUCAAGCAGCAGACCAAGAUCAACUUCCACCGCGGGCGCCACGCCGAGGCCCUCGACUCGUACACACAGCUGCUCUCGUAUACCAAGAGCGCCGUCACACGCAACUACUCGGAAAAGUCGAUCAACAACAUCCUCGACUAUGUCUCCAACGCCACCGACGUCGGUCUUGCCGAGAUGCAGUCGUUCUACGACGUGACCAAGUCCGCCCUCGAGGAUGCCAAGAACGAACGGCUGUCCGUCAAGACUGACCUGAAGCUCGCGCGCAUCUGGUUGGCUCGCAAGGAGUGGAAUCGACUCGCCAAGUCACUCAAAGAGUUGCGCGCCUACUGCACCAGCCAAGACGGCACCGACGACCAAUCCAAGGGCACCAUCCUCCUCGAGGUGUUUGCGCUCGAGAUUCAGAUGUAUGGCGAAGUAGGCAACUUCAAGAAGCUCAAAGAGGUGUACAACUCGACGUUGCAGGUCAAGAGUGCCAUUCCGCAUCCGCGCAUCAUGGGCGUGAUUCGCGAGUGCGGUGGCAAGAUGCAUAUGUCGGAGAAGAACUGGGCGGCGGCGCAAGUCGACUUCUUCCAGGCCUUCCUCAACUACGAUGAAGCAGGCAGUACGCAGCGCGUGCAGGUGCUCAAAUACCUCGUGCUUGCCCACAUGCUCAUGGGAAGCGACAUCAACCCGUUCGACUCGCAAGAGACGAAGCCGUACAAGAACGAUCCGGAGAUCGUGGCCAUGACCAACCUCGUCUCGGCGUACCAGCGCAGAGAGGUGCACGAGGCCGAAAAGAUCCUGCGCGAAAACAAGCGCACGAUUCUCGACGAUCCCUUCAUCAAGGCGUACAUUGACGAUGUGCUGCGCGGGCUGCGGACACAGUAUCUCAUCGACACCAUGCGGCCGUAUUCGCGCAUUCAGCUGGGCUACCUGGCGCAGCAGCUCAACAUCAGCGUGGACAAGGUGGAAAAUCUUCUGAUCUCGCUCAUUCUGGACGAGAGCAUCAAGGCGCGCAUCGAUCAGGUCGGUCAGUAUGUGGAGCUGGAUCGCUCGGCAACCAGUUCCAGCAAGCCCCGCUACCAGGCGCUGGACAAGUGGAAGAGCGAGCUGGACCGUGCAGGCGCAUCGGUCCAUGGCAAGCAUGCUGGCGGUGCGGCGAGCGGAUCGGGCGCGAGCAUCGGCGGAUCUUUUCUGCGCAUGGGCGUCGGCAUGGGCGGUAUGGCAGCUAGCCUCGGCCCGUCGCUUCGAUAG